AUGUUAAUUUCUCGUCGUUGCGCAGAGUUUCAUAUUUCGGUAGUGUCAAGACGUCACAUCCAUCACUCAUUCGUGUCGAAAGCAAAACUCUCCGUUUUACUCGUGAAUCAUGGUUAUCCGCCUUUUUUUAAUGCUGGUUCGGAGGUGUAUACUCAAACACUGGCAACACGUUUGAAACAAACAAAUCGAUGUGAAUCUGUUGCUGUCUUAUCACGUGAACAAAAUCCGUUUGUAUCAGAUUUUUCUAUUCGACAAACGUAUGAUGAACAGUUAUCCUCGUUGCCUGUUUAUCUGAUGAAUCAUGCAAGAGAGGCUCCCUAUCAAAGGUUUGUAAAUGAAGACAUUAAUACAGCCUUUAGUCAAGUGAUGCGCAAUGUUAAGCCAAAAAUAGUUCAUUUUGGACAUCUGAAUCAUUUAUCUUUGGAAUUAGUACAGAUUGCUAAAGAACUGCAUGCUAAAACAGUUUAUACGCUACAUGAUUUUUGGCUUAUGUGUCCUAGAGGGCAGUUCUUAGUAAAUGGAGUGGCAUCAGCGUCACUUGGUCAGAAAUCCUAUGAACUUUGUACCUCACAAAAUCACAAAAAAUGUGCCACUAAAUGUUUUACAAGUCGUUUUUCAACAGAAGAUGCUGAUAGUGAACUAGCAUACUGGACAUGGUGGAUUUCAAAACGGAUGGACGCUGUAAGAAAAGCAUGCAAUUCAAUUGAUAUGUUUCUCGCACCAUCGUAUCAUUUACGGAAUCGUUUUAUUUCGGAAUUUGGUUUAUCUACUGAAAAAAUUCGUUAUAUGCCAUACGGUUUUGAUCGUUCAAUUUUUUCUGAAAAAAUCAAAAGAUAUAGAAAAGAGGGUGAUCCAUUUGUUUUUGGCUAUAUUGGCCGACAUUCUCCAUCAAAAGGAAUCAAUUUACUACUUGAUGCCGCAUCUCAUUUAACCAAAGAUGAACCGCAGUUAGCAAAACAAUUCAAAAUAAUUAUCUAUGGCCGUUGUGAUACAUUUGCUACUUCAAGUCUUCGAGAUAUGAUCAGUCCAAAUGUCACGGUCGAAUGGCGUGAAGAAUAUAAAAAUUCAGAAAUUGUCUCACGAGUAUUUAAUCAUGUUGAUGCCAUUGUUGUACCAUCCAUAUGGGAUGAAAAUUCUCCAUUGGUUAUCCAUGAAGCGCAACAAACGAAAGUGCCAGUGAUAACUGCAAAUCAUGGAGGAAUGGCACAUAUACUCUGA